CCUGCGCAGGCCUAGUGCACACUCCAGAGAGGCAGCGGAGGUGAGGGCUCCGGUUCACUGGGAACCCAGUCCUGCCCAGAAGGCUCAUGGAGCCCGGAGCACGCGGAGCCCUCCUCCCGAGGGCUAGCAGGUUCCUUCUGGACCUGUAGUCUAGCCGCCAUGGCGCACGGUUUCUUGGUGGGUUUCGACCCACUGGGCCUUGGAGACCUAAGCUCUGGCUCUCUGAGCUCCCUCUCCUCCCGAGGCCACCUGGGCAGCGACACAGGCUCCGCAACGCGAUACCUGCUGAGGAAGCAACAGCGGCUGCUGAAUGGGCCCUCCCGCGGAAUCCGAGCCUCAUCUCCCAUGGGCCGUGUCAUCCUCAUCAACUCCCCCAUCGAAGCCAACAGUGAUGAGAGCGACAUCAUCCAUGCGGUCCGGGUGGAGAAGAGUCCAGCAGGGAGGCUGGGUUUCAGCGUGCGCGGCGGCUCUGAGCAUGGCCUGGGCAUCUUCGUCAGCAAGGUGGAGGAGGGGAGCAGUGCAGAGCGGGCUGGCCUGUGUGUGGGGGACAAGAUCACGGAGGUGAACGGGCUGAGCCUGGAGAGCACCACCAUGGGCAGCGCCGUGAAGGUCCUGACGGGCAGCAGCCGCCUGCACAUGAUGGUGAGGCGCAUGGGCCGUGUGCCCGGCAUCAAAUUCUCCAAGGAGAAGACCACGUGGGUGGACGUGGUGAAUCGGCGGCUGGUAGUGGAGAAGUGCAGCUCCACGCCGUCAGAGAGCAGCUCGGAGGACGGGGUGCGGCGCAUCGUCCACCUCUACACGACCUCCGAUGACUUCUGCCUGGGCUUCAACAUCCGAGGGGGCAAGGAGUUUGGCCUGGGCAUCUACGUGUCCAAAGUGGAUCAUGGUGGGCUGGCCGAGGAGAACGGUAUCAAGGUGGGAGACCAGGUCCUGGCGGCCAACGGUGUCAGGUUCGAUGACAUCAGCCACAGCCAGGCCGUGGAGGUGCUGAAGGGCCAAACGCACAUCAUGUUGACCAUCAAGGAGACUGGCCGGUACCCUGCCUACAAGGAGAUGGUUUCUGAGUACUGUUGGCUGGACCGACUGAGCAACGGGGUGUUGCAGCAGCUGUCCCAGGCCUCUGAGAGCAGCUCCAGCGUCUCCUCAUACGCCUCCAGCGCCCCCUACAGCUCGGCUGAGGGCUCCAGCUCCCUGCCCUCUGACCGCUUGGAUGUCUGCCUGGGGCCGGAGGAGCCCAGCAGCCGAGGCCCAGGCUGGGGGCGAGCAGACACAGCCAUGCAGACGGACCCCGAUGUGGGCGGCCGCGUGGAGACCUGGUGCAGCGUGCGGCCCACAGUCAUCCUCAGGGACACAGCCAUCCGCUCCGACGGACCCUCCGCCGCCCGCCGCGUUGACUCUGCUCUCUCUGAGUCCCCCAAGACUGCUCUGCUGCUGGCCCUCAGCCGACCCCGGCCCCCCAUUACACGCUCCCAGAGCCACCUGACCUUGUGGGAAGAGAAGAAGCAGCGGAAGAAGGAGAAGUCGGGGUCCUCUGGGGAGAAGGGGGCCCUGCAACGCUCCAAGACACUGAUGAACCUCUUCUUCAAGGGAGGGCGGCAGGGGCGGCUGGGGGACGGGCGCAGAGAGGCCUGGACACUGGAGAGAGGGAGCCCGGCCAAGCCCCGUCCUCGCCUGGACAUGGAGAAAGAUUGGGGACAGGGCCUGCUGCUGAGCCUUUUCUUCUUAGCAGGGGGAGCAGGACCUGUGCAGAAGUUUGUCACCUGGAGGCUGAGACGUGACCGGGAGAGGGGCCGGGCCCUGCUCUCUGCCAGGUCCGGGAGCCCCUCCAGCCAGCUGCCCAAUGUGGAUGAGCAGGUGCAGGCCUGGGAGAGCCGUCGGCCCCUUAUUCAGGACCUGGCCCGGCGGCUGCUGACUGACGAUGAGGUGCUGGCCGUCACCCGCCACUGCUCCCGGUACGUGCACGAGGGCGGCGUGGAGGACCUGGUGAGGCCCCUGCUGGCCAUCCUGGACAAGCCCGCAAAGCUGCUGCUGCUGCGGGACAUCAGGAGUGUGGUGGCCCCCACGGACCUGGGCCGCUUCGACAGCAUGGUGAUGCCUGUGGAGCUGGAGGCGUUUGAGGCCCUCAAGAGCCGGGCAGUACGGCCUCCUGCCCUGCGACCAGCCCGGCAAGACACACCACCCAAGCGUCACCUCAUCACCCCUGUGCCUGCCGUGGAGGCUUCUACCUGCUGCCUGCGAAUGGCUUCUCUGAGGAGGAAGAUGAUGGGGAGCUGAGGGAGCGGCUGGGGGACCUCCGGGUCUCCCUGGGUACCUCUGCCUCCUGCCACCCUCAUAAAGGGAUCCCCCCUCUCCAAGACGUGCCAGUAGAUGCCUU